GCGGAGCGGUUGCAUGAGCACUAAUCAACACACGGAGAAGAAGCCUGCUAGAGUUAAGAUGGCGGCGUGUGGGUGAGGAGGCUGGGAUCUAAACUCGAGGAUUUUCGCCAUUAAACGAUUCCUAUGAAUCCGCGUAUACACGGUCAUCGAAAGAACAACGAUUUCCACAUCUUUCACACGUCCGCGUGUGACUCCGGAUUGACCCCAUGACAUCUAUACACUUCGUGGUUCACCCGUUGCCGGGGACCGAGGAUCAGCUCAAUGACAGGCUCCGCGAGGUCUCGGAGAAACUCAACAAGUACAGCUAUAACAGUCAUCCGCACCUUAGUCUGCUGGAGCAGGCCACCCUAAAACAGUGUGUUGUUGGUCCAAACCAUGCCGGAUUCCUCCUUGAGGAUGGCCGCGUGUGCAGAAUCAGCUUCGCUGUCCAGCCGGACCGCCUGGAGCUCAGCAAACCGGAUGGUGGCGAUGGUUCAAAGUUGAGCAGUGGUUCAGGGACAGGAAGGAGCUCCAGGCCAGGCAGGACUAGCGAUCCGCCCUGGUUCCUGUCUGGCUCUGACACACUGGGCAGACUGGCAGGCAACACCCUGGGGAGUCGCUGGAGCUCUGGCGUGAACGGCGCCACCGGAGGCAGCGGAACUGGAGGUGGAGCGGGGGGAGGCGGAGCCGGGGGUGGCAGUAGUAGUAGUGGCGGCGGCGGUGGAGGCGGAGGCGGCGGCGGCACGUCAGGGAGGUCGUCAACGGCAGCGCGGGAUUCCCGCAGACAGACUAGGGUGAUCCGUACAGGGAGGGACCGCGGCUCGGGCCUGCUGGGUAGCCAGCCUCAACCGGUCAUUCCGGCGUCUGUCAUCCCUGAAGAACUUAUCACUCAGGCCCAGGUAGUCCUUCAGGGGAAGUCCAGGAGUGUGAUCAUUAGGGAACUCCAGCGGACCAACCUUGAUGUCAACCUCGCCGUCAACAACCUGCUGAGUCGGGAUGAUGAAGAUGGCGAUGAUGGAGACGACACAGCCAGCGAGUCCUACCUGCCUGGAGAGGAUCUGAUGUCACUGUUGGACGCAGACAUUCACUCCGCCCAUCCCAGUGUGAUUAUUGAUGCUGAUGCAAUGUUCUCGGAGGAAAUCAGCUACUUUGGCUACCCUUCUUUUAGACGCUCCUCACUGUCGCGCCUGGGAUCCUCCAGAGUUCUCCUUCUUCCCUUAGAGCGCGACUCCGAGCUGUUGCGUGAGCGUGAGUCUGUGUUGAGGUUGCGCGAGCGCCGGUGGCUGGACGGGGCCUCGUUCGACACGGAGCGAGGCUCCACCAGCCGCGAGGGCGAGCCCAGCUUGGACAAGAAGAACAUCCCGGUCCAGAGCCCUGUCUCCUUGGGAGAGGAGCUCCAGUGGUGGCCUGACAAGGAUGGUGUGAAGUUUGUGAGCAUCGGAGCCAUGUUCUCAGAGUUGGUGGCCGUCAGUUCCAAAGGAGAGCUGUAUCAGUGGAAGUGGAGUGACCCUGAACCCUACAGGAAUCCUCAGAGUUCUUCCAUUCACCACCCGCGGGUGUCCUUCCUGGGCUUGGCCAAUGAGAAGAUCACCCUAUUGUCUGCCAAUAGCAUCAGAGCCACUGUAGCGACAGAAACCAACAAGGUGGCAACCUGGGUGGACGACACACUGAGCACAGUGGCCUCUAAGCUGGAGCACAGUGCUCAGGCUUUCCCUGAGCUGCAGGGGGAGCGUAUGGUGUCGCUGCACUGCUGUGCGCUCUACACAUGUGCUCAGCUGGAGAAUAGCCUCUACUGGUGGUGUAGCGGGAGUGUUCAUCAAAGUCACACGCAAAACAAUAGGGGUGUUGUGCCUUUUAGUCAACGGAAGAAGAUGCUCGAAAAGGCCAGAGCCAAGAACAAAAAGCCUAAGUCCAGCGCUGGCAUCUCCUCGAUACCAAACAUCACCGUGGGAACACAAGUGUGCUUGAGGAACAACCCCCUCUACCACGCCGGCGCAGUGGCCUUCUCUGUCAAUGCUGGGAUUCCCAAAGUGGGCGUCCUGUUGGAGUCCGUCUGGAACAUGAACGACAGUUGCCGGUUCCAGCUGCGCUCACCAGAGAGCCUCAAGAACAUGGAGAAGACCGCAAAGACCCAGGAAAUCAAGACGGAGACCAAGCCAGAGCUGGUGAAGACUGAGAUGGGUCCCCCUCCCUCCCCGGCAUCUACCUGCAGUGAUACCUCUUCCAUAGCGAGCAGUGCCUCGCUGCCCUACAAGCGAAGGCGUUCCACCCCGGCUCCCAAAGAGGAGGAGAAGGUGAACGAGGAGCAGUGGCCACUCAGGGAGGUGGUGUUUGUAGAGGACGUUAAAAAUGUCCCUGUGGGAAAGGUACUUAAAGUCGAUGGCGCGUAUGUAGCUGUGAAGUUUCCAGGGACAUCCAGCAGCAUGAAUAACCAGACCACCGCCGCUGCCGCCGCCGCCGCCGCCGCUGCUGCUGCUGCCGCUGCUGCUCCCACAGACUCUGACCCAUCAUCACUGUUGCAGGACUGCAGGCUCUUGAGAAUAGACGAGCUCCAGGUGGUCAAAACUGGUGGGACUCCUAAAGUUCCGGAUUGUUUUCAGCGCACACCUAAAAAGCUUUGUAUCCCAGAAAAAGCUGAGAUUCUGGCUGUGAAUGUUGACUCCAAAGGAGUUCACGCAGUUCUAAAAACUGGUAACUGGGUGAGGUACUGUAUCUUUGACCUGGCCACAGGCAAAGCCGAACAGGAGAAUAACUUCCCCACCAGCAACCUGGCCUUCCUGGGCCAGAGUGAGCGCAAUGUGGCCAUCUUUACUGCAGGACAGGAAUCUCCCAUCAUCCUUCGAGAUGGAAAUGGUACAAUCUACCCCAUGGCUAAAGAUUGCAUGGGUGGAAUAAGAGAUCCCGAUUGGUUGGACCUGCCUCCUAUAAACAGCCUGGGAAUGGGAGUGCACUCUCUGGCAAACCUCCCCUCGAACUCUACAAUUAAAAAGAAAGCUGCUAUUAUUAUUAUGGCUGUCGAGAAACAGACUCUGAUGCAGCACGUUCUGCGUUGUGACUACGAGGCGUGCCGGCUGUACCUGGUGAACCUUGAGCAGGCUUUCCUGUUGGAUCAGGGCGGCCAGGCCCUCCGAGCCCUUUUGGAUCAUCGCUGCGAUGGAAACCGCAACAUCCUUCACGCGGCCGUCUCUGUGUGCUUCCCUGUUAGCAACAAGGAGACCAAAGAGGAGGAAGAAGCUGAAAGGUCAGAGAGAAACACAUUUGCAGAGCGUCUAUCUGCUGUGGAGGCAAUUGCCAACGCCAUCUCUGUGGUUUCAAGCAACAGUUCUGGGAAUCGGACGGGCUCCUCCAGCAGCAGAGGGCUUCGUCUGAGGGAGAUGAUGCGGAGGUCUUUGAGAGCCGCAGGUCUUGGUCGUCACGAGUCCGGCCCGUCAUCCGGUGACCACCAAGACCCCGUUUCUCCGCCCAUCGCCCCACCAAGUUGGGUCCCUGACCCUCCACCCAUGGACCCUGACGGUGACAUCGACUUCAUUCUAGCACCAGCUGUGGGUUCACUGACCACCGCCUCCACUGGGACCAGCCAGGGACCCAGCACCUCCACCAUCCCCGGGCCGUCCACCGAGCCAUCCGUGGUUGAGUCUAAAGACCGGAAGGCCAACGCCCACCUGAUCCUGAAGCUGAUGUGUGACAGUGUGGUUCUAAGGCCACACCUACGGGAGCUACUCUCGGCAAAGGAUGCCCGUGGAAUGACUCCGUUCAUGCUGGCAGUCAGCGGGAGAGCUUAUCCGGCAGCCAUCACUGUACUGGAGGCUGCUCAGAAAAUGUCCAAGGUGGGUGACCCGGGCAUUGCAGAGAAGGAGGAUGCAGACACUGUGUUCACGGAAAUGAUUUGCCCCUCUGGAACCAACCCGGAUGAUUCGCCUCUCUAUGUUCUCUGCUGCAACGACACCUGCAGUUUCACUUGGACUGGAGCUGAGCACAUUAACCAGGACAUCUUUGAGUGUCGGACCUGUGGUCUGCUCGAGUCCCUCUGCUGCUGCACGGAGUGUGCAAGGGUGUGUCACAAAGGACAUGACUGCAAGCUGAAGAGGACGUCUCCCACAGCAUACUGUGACUGUUGGGAGAAAUGUAAGUGUAAGACGCUGAUCGCCGGCCAGAAGGCCGCCCGUCUGGAUCUGCUGUACAGGUUACUCACAACCACCAACCUCGUCACAACACCUAACAGCAGGGGAGAGCAUAUAUUGUUGUUCCUGGUGCAGACUGUUGCCAGGCAGAGUGUUGAGCACUGUCAGUACAGACCACCACGCAUCAGAGAAGACCGGAACCGCAAGGCUACAAACGCAGAGGACUCUGACAUGCCAGACCACGAUCUAGAACCUCCCCGCUUUGCUCAGCUGGCUCUGGAGAGGGUCCUGCAGGACUGGAAUGCCCUGAAGUCUAUGAUCAUGUUUGGCUCCCAGGAGAAUAAAGACCCACUUAGUGCCAGCAGCAGAAUUGCCCACCUCCUGCCUGAAGAGCAGGUCUACCUGAACCAGCAGAGUGGCACCAUUCGCCUUGACUGUUUCACCCACUGCCUCAUUGUCAAGUGUGCUCCUGACAUCACUUUUAUAGACACCUUGCUGGGUACACUAGUAAAGGAGCUGCAGAACAAGUACACUCCAGGCCGGAGAGAAGAGGCAGUUAAUGUGACCAGGAGGUUCCUGCGUUCCGUCGCCCGGGUGUUUGUCAUUCUCAGCGUGGAGAUGGCGUCAUCAAAGAAGAAAAACAACUUCAUCCCUCAGCCUAUUGGGAAAUGUCGGCGUGUUUUCCAAGCACUGCAUCCCUACGCUGUGGAGGAGCUGUGUAAUGUAGCCGAGUCGCUGAUUGUGCCGGUGCGAAUGGGUAUCGCGAGGCCGACUGCUCCGUUCACUCUGGCCAGCACCAGCAUUGACGCCGUUCAGGGCAGCGAGGAGCUCUUCUCUGUGGAACCGCUGCCCCCAAGGCCCUCACCUGACCAGUCCAGCAGCUCCAGUCAGACGGCUGCCUCUUACAUCAUCAGGAACCCCCAGCCUCGGCGCAGCAGCCAGUCUCAGCCUACCAGAGGGAGAGACGAGGAGCAGGAUGACAUUGUGUCAGCAGAUGUGGAAGAGGUGGUUGAAGUUGUAGAAGGAGUAGCCGGUGAGGAAGAUCAUCACGAUGACCAAGAGGAACAGGGAGAGGAAAAUGCGGAGGCAGAAGGCCAGCACGACGAGCACGACGAAGACGGAAGCGACAUGGAGCUGGACCUUUUGGCAGCGGCUGAAACUGAGAGCGACAGCGAAAGCAACCACAGCAAUCAGGAUAAUGCCAGCGGCCGCAGGAGUGUCGUCACGGCAGCCACAGCGGGCUCGGAAGCAGGCAGUAGGGUGUCCUUGGCAUUUCCUAUUUUUGGCGCCAGCAGCGUUCCGGCCUUCUUCUCAGAAGAUGACUCCCAGUCCAAUGACUCCAGUGACUCCGAUAGCAGCAGCAGUCAGAGCGACGACGUCGACCAGGAGACGUUCCUGUUGGAUGAGCCGCUGGAAAGGACAACUACCGCCUCUCAUGCCAACAGUGCGGCCCAGGCUCCCCGCUCCAUGCAGUGGGCCGUUAGAAACACGCCCAGCCAGAGGGCCGCGGGGAGCGCUCCCUCCAGCUCGUCAACACCUGCUGCGAGCUCUACUGGCCUGAUCUACAUCGACCCCACCAACCUGCGACGCUCCAGCGCCAUCAGCUCGAGUGCGGCGGCUGCGGCGGCGGCCCUUGAGGCCAGCAACUCCAGCAGCUAUCUGACAUCUGCCAGCAGCCUGGCCCGGGCCUACAGCAUCGUCAUAAGGCAGAUCUCUGACCUCAUGAGUCUAAUUCCCAAGUACAACCAACAAGUCUACACGCAGUACCCUGCUGCUGUGAAGCUCACCUACCCGGAUGCUGUCAACCUGCAGAACUAUGUUGAAGAGAAGCUGAUUCCAACCUGGAACUGGAUGGUGUCGAUCAUGGACUCCACCGAGGCUCAGCUGCGUUACGGCUCGGCUCUGUCAUCGGCUGGAGACCCGGGUCACCCCAGCCACCCGCUCCACGCGUCGCAGCACUCUGCUCGCAGGGAGCGUAUAACGGCCCGGGAGGAGGCCAGCCUGCGCACCCUUGAGGGACGCAGGAGAGCGGCUACCUUGCUGACGGCUCGCCAGGGCAUGAUGUCGGCGCGGGGCGACUUCCUGAACUACGCGUUGUCCCUCAUGCGUUCCCACAACGAUGAGCACUCCGAUGUGCUUCCUGUGCUGGACGUGUGCUCCCUGAAACACGUGGCCUACGUUUUCCAGGCUCUUAUCUACUGGAUUAAAGCCAUGAACCAGCAGACCACGCUAGAAACCCCACAGAUGGACAGGAAGAGUAUUGUUAAUCCACUUGUUUUAAGGAAUCGAGAGAUUUUGGAGCUGGGUUUGGACAAUGAGGAUUCUGAACACGAGAACGAUGACGACACCAAUCAGAGUUCAACUCUCCAGGACAAGGAUGAGGAUCCAGUCCCGGCUGAGAUGGGUCAGAACCACCCCUUCUUCCGUCGCUCUGACUCAAUGACCUUCCUGGGUUGCAUUCCACCCAACCCGUUCGAUGUUCCCCUGGCUGAAGCCAUCCCACUGGCAGACCAGCCCCACCUCCUACAGCCUAAUGCCAGGAAGGAGGAUCUGUUCGGUCGGCCCUCUCAGGGCUUGUACUCGUCCUCCUAUAUGGCAACCAAAGGCCUGGCUGAGACAAACAUGGACAGGAACUGCCUGGAGGUAAACAUGGGCUCCUCUCUACCCUCCCACUCUCAGAUCCUGCCCACCAAGAUGUCUUACUCAGCCAACCUGAAGAAUGUUAUGAGUAUGGAAACCAGCCAGCGGAGCACUGAGAACGAGCCACUAGCAGAGCAGGAGCUUGAGGCUUCAAAACCUGGCCCUUCGCCCCACGACCUCGCCGCCCAGCUGAAGAGCAGCCUACUUGCUGAGAUUGGACUCACUGAAAGUGAUGGACCUCCUCUCUCAACAUUCAGACCUCACUGUAGUUUCAUGGGGAUGAUGAUCUCUCAUGACAUGCUGCUCGGCCGCUGGCGUUUGUCACUGGAGCUGUUCGGUCGCGUCUUCAUGGAGGACGUCGGAGCUGAGCCCGGAUCGAUCCUCACAGAGCUCGGUGGCUUUGAGGUAAAGGAAUCCAAGUUCCGUCGGGAGAUGGAGAAGCUGAGGAACCUGCAGUCCCGUGACCUGGCCCUGGAGGUGGACCGGGAUCGAGACCAGCUGAUACAGCAGACCAUGCGUCAGCUCAACACCCACUUCGGCAGGCGCUGCGCAACCACGCCUAUGGCUGUGCACCGGGUGAAAGUCACCUUCAAAGACGAGCCGGGCGAAGGCAGCGGCGUGGCCCGCAGCUUUUACACGGCCAUCGCCUUGGCCCUCCUCUCAAACGACAAGCUGCCCAAUCUGGACUGUGUUCAGAGUGUCAGCAAGGGCAUGCAGGCCAGCAGUACGUGUCAUCACGAUUACAAUUCAAAUCUGAUGCAGCGCUUGAGAAACCGAGACCGGGAAAGAGAGCGGAGGAGCGGCGGGCUUCGAGCGGGAUCUCGUCGAGACCGAGACAGAGACUCGAGGAGGCAGCUGUCCAUAGACACCCGGCCCUUCAGGCCUUCGUCGGAGGGAAACCCCAGCGAUGAGCCCGACCCCCUGCCUGCACACAGACAAGCCCUGGGUGAAAGGCUCUACCCACGAGUUCACGCCAUGCAACCGGCUUUUGCCAGUAAAAUCACAGGCAUGUUGCUGGAGCUGUCCCCCGCCCAGCUGCUGCUGCUGCUCGCUAGUGAGGACUCUCUCCGAGCCAGGGUGGAGGAGGCCAUGGAGCUUCUCAUUGCACAUGGGAGGGAAAAUGGAGCGGACAGCAUAUUGGACUUGGGUCUUUUGGAGGCUCCAGAGAAAGCACAACAGCAGGAAAACCGCAAGCGUCAUGGUUCAACGCGCAGUGUGGUCGACAUGGAGCUGGACGACCCAGACGAUGGGGACGACAACGCCCCUCUCUUCUACCAGCCUGGCAAAAGAGGCUUUUACUCCCCUCGCCCCGGCAAGAACACAGAAGCCCGGUUGAACUGCUUCCGUAACAUUGGCAGAAUACUGGGCUUAUGUCUGCUUCAAAAUGAACUCUGUCCAAUCACGUUGAACAGACAUGUCAUCAAAGUGCUGCUUGGGAGGAAGGUGAACUGGCAUGACUUUGCAUUCUUUGACCCGGUCAUGUACGAGAGCCUGCGGCAGCUGAUCCGCCAUUCUCAGGCCGGUGAAGCAGAUGCAGUGUUUGCUGCUAUGGACCUCGCCUUUGCCAUUGACCUCUGCAAAGAGGAAGGAGCUGGGCAGGUGGAGCUUCUGUCCGGUGGGGUCAACAUGCCAGUGACCCCUCUGAACGUGUACGAGUACGUGAGGAAGUAUGCUGAGCACAGAAUGCUGGUGGUGGCUGAGCAGCCUCUCCACGCAAUGAGGAAGGGUUUGCUGGAUGUGCUUCCCAAAAACGCCCUGGAGGACCUGACUGCGGAGGACUUCCGGCUGCUGGUAAACGGCUGUGGAGAAGUCAAUGUCCAGAUGCUCAUUAGUUUCACCUCCUUCAAUGAUGAAUCUGGGGAAAAUGCAGACAAACUACUGCAGUUUAAACGCUGGUUUUGGUCCAUAGUGGAAAAGAUGAGCAUGACUGAGAGGCAAGAUCUGGUAUACUUCUGGACCUCCAGCCCGUCCCUGCCAGCCAGCGAGGAGGGCUUCCAGCCGAUGCCCUCCAUCACCAUCCGGCCUCCAGACGACCAGCACCUCCCCACGGCCAACACCUGCAUCUCACGUCUCUACGUGCCACUAUACUCUUCAAAACAGAUACUCAAACAGAAACUCCUGCUAGCCAUUAAGACCAAAAACUUUGGUUUUGUGUAGAGGUUCAACAUAAGAGUUUAAAAAAAGGAAAAAAAAUAACAUGUUUACUGUUGUGUAAUAUUUACCUAGCUCCAUUUUUGUAGAUUUAUUUUUUGUCUAUACAAUUUUAUGAAAUUCGACAUACUGUCACAAUCUCCCCAGGCAGUAAUAUUUGUUUGUGUUGUGAACACAAACAGCUUGUUAUUUUUAUUUCAAUUUUAUUUUUUCCAUUUUCUUUUGUGUUAAUGAAGAGGUAUACAGUCCAGAACAUUCCUGCAUUGGCACUGUAAAACAUGAAGCCCACAGCCCUGCUUUAUUGGCUUAAACUUUUGCUUCCCAGGAAUGUGGCUUGACAGAAAGCUGUCAGCCGAAACCCAGCCAAAGAUGACAGCAGUAGAAGUAUUUAAAAGAAGACACACUGUGAUAUUAUGUUUUUUUUUUUUUUUUUCCUUCCCUAGAAAAGUACGAUCACUGACAGUUCACUGCUGCCUUGUGGAAAGUCCUUUUUUUUUUUUUUUUUUUUCUUUUUCUUGUACAGGGGGAGUAGGGAAUUUCAAAAUAAACUUGGAUGCAAA